AUGGCACCUAUUCUUGGAUACUGGGACAUCAGAGGCUUAGCUGAACAAAUUCGUCUACUUCUGCGUUACCUUAAAGUUGAAUAUCAGGAAAAGCUUUACAAACCAGGACCUGCACCUGCUUAUGAUCGGGAAGAAUGGAUGGCCGAAAAAUUUAAUCUUGGUCUGUCCUUUCCAAAUUUGCCUUACUACAUUGAUGACGGUUUCAGUAUUUCUCAAACCUCGGCAAUUCUCGAAUACAUUGCUGAUACACACGAUAUGAUCCCCAACUGCAAGAAACAACGUGCUACCCUUCACAUGCUCAUGAACGAUGUCAUGGAUUUGCGAUCAUCUUUUAUCAAAAUGUGCUAUAGUCCAGAUUUUGAAAAUCUUAAAGUCGAUUUUAUGAAAAAUCUUCCAGACAAAUUGAGUCAAUAUGAGAAGUAUCUGGAAGAUAGGAAAUGGCUCUCUGGCAAAAAUAUCAACUAUCCUGAUUUCAAUCUAUGCGAAAUUUUGAAUCAGUUGAAGAAAUUUGAACCAUCAUGUUUGGAUGCUUUUCCUAAAGUGAAGACCUAUCUAAACAACUUUGAGAAUUUGCCAGAACUGAAGGACUACAUGGCCUCAGAGCAGUUCAAGACCCGUGGCUGCAAUUAUAUUAUUGCUAAAUGGCGUUAG